AUGAGGCUGGAGAAUAGUAGCAAGGCCCAGACAAGCAUUUUGGAAAAGGGCAUGAUCCAAGUGGUGGAAGGAAGCCUGAUUCAUCUUCGGAUCUAUGGUAAAGGCAUCCACAAAUUCACCUGGCAGAGGAUUCGGUUUGUGGAGACUUCUUCCUUGAGUACUUUUGAAAGGAACUAUUCAAUCUGCCCUGAAAGAACAAGUGAUUUAUUGAUACAGCCAAAAAGUGAUGAGGUGCAAAAUACUUCUGCAAUACUCUCUGUGAAGGUUCAAAUCCUGCGGAAGAAUAUCCACUUCAAGGACUACAUGAUGUGCCUUGAGGAUCAUCAUGGGAGAUCAUACCAGCUGCUCAAGGAUAGUCAUCUGCUCCUCCGAGUGGUAGAGGACAAUAGUUUGCACCUACCACUCUGGCUUCAAAUUAUCUUAGUACUUAUGCUCUUGUCACUCUCAGCGAUGUUUAGUGGUCUCACCCUAGGCCUAAUAGCCCUUGAUCCUAUGGGAUUGCGCAUUGUGAAAAAUUGUGGCACGCCUAAGGAGAGGGAAUAUGCCACCAAGAUUGAACCCCUCCGAAGGAAGGGGAAUUAUUUGCUCUGUUCUUUGCUGCUUGGUAAUGUUUUAGUCAAUUCUUCUCUCACCAUAUUGUUGGACACAGUUAUUGGGGAAAACAUGUGGUCUAUUGUGAUCUCUACUAUUGCCAUCGUCCUCUUUGGGGAGAUCCUUCCACAGGCCAUCUGCUCCCGUCAUGGUUUGGCAAUAGGUGCCAAUACCAUCUUCAUCACCAGGUUGGUUAUGGUUAUCACAUUCCCAGCCUCUUACCCUAUUAGUAAGAUCUUGGACUACCUACUUGGGAAAGAAAUGGGCACCGUCUACAGCCGAGAGAAACUGAUGGAGAUGAUUAGAUUGACUCAGCCUUAUAACGACCUGCUGAAAGAAGAGCUGAAUAUCAUCGAAGGAGCCCUGGAGUUGAGGACUAAGACGGUGGAAAAUGUCAUGACCCCAUUAAAAGACUGCUUCUUUAUCAACAGUGAUGCCAUCCUGGAUUUUGAUACAAUGACAGAGAUUCUAGAGAGUGGCUACACACGGAUCCCAAUCUAUGAGAAUGAAAAGGCUAACAUUGUUGACAUGUUAUAUGUCAAAGAUCUUGCAUUUGUUGACCCAGAUGAUCACACCCCACUCAAGACAAUCACCAAGUUUUACAACCACCCAAUCCAUUAUGUCUCCGACACUACCACAUUGGAUGCUGUGCUUGAAGAAUUCAAAAAAGGUAAGUCUCACCUGGCCAUUGUCCAAAAGACGCAUGAGGUUAGCCACGAACAAAUCUCUGAAGUGGUGGGCUUAGUAACCUUGGAGGAUGUCAUUGAAGAAAUCAUCAAGUCUGAAAUCGUGGACGAAUCGGAUAUUUACGUUGACAAUCGGUCUAAAAGAAGAGUCACUGGACUAAGGAAGUGGGAUUUCUCUGCUUUCAGGGAUUAUGACGUCGAAGCAAAGAUCUCCAAGCAGCUGCUCUUGGCUGCCCAUCGCUUCCUCUCCACAGAGAUCUUGCAAUUUUUCCCCACCCUCAUCUCUGAAAAAUACCUGCUGCGUCUGCUGAAGCACCGGGAUGUCAUUUGUGAGCUGAAAUUUGACGAGAACUUCAAGGACUCCCCCCACCAUUACUUGUACCAAAGGAAUAAGAUGGCAGACUAUUUCAUCCUCAUCUUGCAGGGGAAGGUGGAGGUAGAAGCGUGUAAGGAAAACAUGAAGUUUGAGAAUGGACCCUUCUCCUACUAUGGGGUCAUGGCUCUAGGGCCAUCCAUCCCAACAGGGCUUGAGAGCAGCUCCCUGUCUUUCUUCAGCAGCAUCAACCGGAUCAGCUUUGAACAAAUGAAUUCUGCCUUCCUCAGAAGCCUCAGCACCAACCAGGUCCUCCCCAGCACCAGCCUGCAAUAUAUGGCUGAUUUCACUGUCCGAGCCCUCAGUGACCUCCUGUACAUCAAAAUCACAAGGGAGCAAUACCAGCAUUGUUUAAUGGCCUCCUUAAUAGACAGCAAUAGCUCUGGAGAAGCUACUACUAAGACACCUGACCUCUUGAACCCUCUCCCAAGCAACUCUCCAUCCAAUUUGAAGAUGCCUAAGGAAGAGCCAUCUGAAUCAGAAUAA